AUUUGUCAUCUGUGGGAAAAUCAAAAAGUCCGAGCUGAGGCUGGCGCAAAUAUGUUAAAAUUAUUUUUUUAAAUUCAUUUAAAAUUUAUAGCUCAAAAAGACAAAAAUAUAUAAAAUAAAUAGUGUUUGUGCCGAAGGGACUGAUUAAAAUUAUAGUGAAGAGUUAAUUUCAAAAUGCAUAGAGCAAGAGCAGUGUUUCAAGCUUCAAAUAAGUUAGGUGGGUCUGAAAGGUUCGCAUCAUGGCUCCUCAACAAACCACAGACUGCUGCUGUAGCAGUAAACGCCAACAGGCUGAAGAGUUCUGCAGCAGCAGAGCCAUUUUUAAAUGGAUCCAGCUCAGCUUAUGUGGAAACUAUGUACAAUGCCUGGUUGUCCGAUCCUAAUUCUGUACAUGCAUCAUGGGACGCUUUCUUCCGGAACGCAACGGCGGGGGCUCAGCCAGGAGUCGCGUACACUUCGCCCCCCAACCUGGCGCCGUACAACAAGAACGAAGUUCCCCUCACCUCGCUAGUACCAGCUAUCGGCGGUAGCACGUCUAUUUCUUCGGGUUCCCCGAUCAAUGAGAAAAUCAUUGACGACCAUCUGGCGGUGCAGGCCAUCAUCAGGAGUUACCAGUCGCGUGGUCAUCUGGUGGCCAAUCUGGAUCCACUGGGCAUAACAACCGGCGACCCCAUAUCGAGCGGCGAUUGGCACGGCGGCCUCCGUGCUUUCGCUAGCGAAGCGGUCAUAAGACAGCACGUACGAUUCGAUGAAGCUGACAUGGAUAGAGUUUUCAAAUUGCCCUCGACGACGUUUAUCGGUGAAAAGGAAAAAGCCUUGCCGUUGAGAGAAAUCCUGAACAGGCUAGAGGAGGCGUAUUGUAACAACAUCGGCAUAGAGUUUAUGUUCAUCAACUCGCUGGAACAAUGCAACUGGAUCAGACAGAGGAUGGAACCACCCAACGUCACCAAGAUGAGCAACGACCAGAAGAGAUUGAUCCUGGCCCGUCUCACCAGAUCUACCGGAUUUGAAAACUUCCUGGCGAAGAAAUGGUCGUCGGAGAAGCGUUUCGGUCUGGAGGGCUGCGAGAUCCUGAUCCCGGCGAUGAAGCAGGUCAUCGACACCUCCACCAGACUCGGUGUUGAGUCCAUCAUCAUGGGAAUGCCUCACAGAGGACGUCUAAACGUUUUGGCGAAUGUGUGCCGCAAACCUCUCCACCAACUGUUCACACAGUUCGCUGGACUUGAAGCCGAAGAUGAUGGCUCAGGUGACGUGAAAUACCAUUUGGGUACAUACAUCGAGCGUCUUAACCGCGUGACGAACAAGAACAUCCGUCUCGCCGUCUGCGCCAACCCGUCUCACUUGGAGGCCGUAGAUCCCGUUGUCCAGGGCAAGACGCGCGCCGAACAGUUCUACCGCGGUGACAAUGAGGGCAAAAAGGUGAUGUCAAUGCUCCUCCACGGUGACGCGGCGUUCGCCGGCCAGGGUGUGGUGUUUGAGACGAUGCAUCUGUCCGACCUACCGGCGUACACGACGCACGGCACGAUACACAUCGUCGCCAACAACCAGAUCGGAUUCACGACCGAUCCGCGUCACUCGCGCUCGUCCGCUUAUUGUACCGACGUGGCCCGCGUCGUGAACGCACCCAUCUUCCACGUGAAUAGCGACAACCCCGAGGCGGUUAUGCACGUGUGCAACGUGGCGGCCGAAUGGCGCGCGACGUUCCACAAGGACGUCGUCAUUGAUAUCGUCAGCUAUCGCCGCAACGGACAUAACGAGGUCGACGAGCCUAUGUUCACGCAGCCCCUCAUGUACCAGAAGAUCCGCAAGACCAAGCCAGUAUUGGAGAAGUACGCCGACCAGCUGAUCGCUGAAGGCGUAGUUACUGCGGAAGAGGUUAAAGACGUGAAGGACAAAUACGAGAAGAUCUGCGAGGAGGCGUACAGCCAGGCCAAGCAGGAGACACACAUCAAGUACAAGGACUGGCUCGACUCGCCCUGGUCAGGCUUCUUCGAGGGCAAGGACCCGCUCAAGAUGGCCCCGACCGGAGUCGUAGAAGAGACACUUGUGCACAUCGGCAAGCGUUUCUCAUCCCCGCCGCCCAACGCCGCUGAAUUCGAGAUCCACAAGGGUCUGCUGCGUAUUCUCAAGUCCCGUAUGGAGAUGGUAGAGAACAGGACCGUGGACUGGGCCCUGGCUGAGGCCAUGGCUUUCGGCUCCCUGCUGAAGGAGGGCAUCCACGUGCGACUGUCCGGCGAAGACGUGGAGAGAGGCACAUUCUCGCACAGACAUCACGUGCUACAUCACCAGAAGGUGGACAAGGCGACAUACUGCCCGCUGGCCCACCUCUACCCCGACCAAGCGCCCUACACCGUCUGCAACAGCUCACUGUCUGAAUAUGGUGUGCUCGGCUUCGAGGUCGGUUACUCGGUCACCAACCCCAACGCGCUGGUGCUCUGGGAGGCGCAGUUCGGUGACUUCAACAACGUGGCGCAGUGCAUCAUCGACCAGUUCAUAUCGAGCGGGCAGGCCAAGUGGGUGCGCCAGUCCGGCAUCGUGCUCCUCCAGCCGCACGGUAUGGAGGGUAUGGGACCUGAACACUCGUCUGCUCGCCUGGAGCGAUUCCUGCAGAUGAGCUCUGACGAUCCCGACUACAUGCCCCCUGAGAGCCCCGACUAUGAAGUUCGUCAGCUCCACGACUGCAACUGGAUAGUGGCGAACUGCUCGACUCCCGCGUCCCUGUUCCACAUCCUGCGGCGUCAGAUCGCGCUGCCGUUCCGCAAGCCGCUCAUCCUCAUGACGCCCAAGUCGUUGCUGCGCCACCCCGAGUGCAAGUCCACGUUUGACGAGAUGUGUGAAGGCACUACUUUCAAGAGAGUGAUUCCCGACAACGGACCCGCGGCUCAGAACGCUCAGAACGUCCGCAAGUUGGCGUUCUGCUCCGGCCGCGUGUACUACGACCUGCUCAAGGAGCGCCGCGAACGUGGGCUAGAGAAGGACAUCGCUAUUGUCAGAGUGGAGCAGAUGUCGCCGUUCCCGUACGAUCUACUGAAGGCGGAGAUCGCCAAGUACCCGAACGCGCAGCUCGUGUGGUCGCAGGAGGAGCACAAGAACAUGGGCGCCUGGAGCUACGUCGAGCCGCGAUUCCGCACCCUGCUGCAGGGACAGAAGGCCAUCUGGCCUAAGUCCGAAAAGGGGGGUUGGUUUAGUCAGCUAUUCGGCAGCUCCAACGCCGCACAAACUGACAGUGCCGACAAACAGACAGAAACGCCGCGCACUAUUAGCUACAACGGGCGCGCGACCGCGGCCUCCCCCGCCACCGGCUCGAAGGCCGCUCACACCAAGGAGCUGAAGAACCUCUUGGACGAGUUCUGCGUCUUAUAAACGACCUUCGAAUAUUAACAUCUAUUUAAUUACAUUAACGUAGACCACGCUAAUUCUAAAUCGAAAAGUAGCUAACGAAAUCCACUUCAGAAUUUAAUUACUCUCAGUAUUUAAUAUCUUCUCUUUAUUAAUUAGUAAUUUUAUUUAGAUAAAUUAUUUAUUUAUUACGUAGCCGUAGUAUCGAUAUAAUUCUCGUUGUUGUCUCGUUUGCCUAUUGAUGUGUUGUAAAUAUCGAUUUCGAUCGCCCCGGGUCGCGAUUACGGUCGUCGGAUGGGCUACUGACAGGUUUUCCGAAGAAAACCUGACGCGUUCAGUAGUUUGAGCAUCUGACUGUUGUAAAAAGAAUCUAUAAUAAUUGUUGAUCGAGAGUACACAAGUACACAACUGACGGGUUCGCAUCCUAGCUAGUCAGUAACAUACGUCGAGCUGUGAAUUUACCCUAACCGUUCGCUUCGCCAUUGGCUUAUAUGUUUUGACGAUAUUAUGAUUAGAUAUUACUAGAUUAUACAUGUAAUUAGUAAACAAAUCUACGUAGUGAGCUAAAUUUGUAGCGGUUUAGUUGGCGACUCCCUCUUGUAUAGUUUAGUUUCGUAGUUACCGCCGUCACGGCAACAUGUAAGGAUCAACACCAAACCUUGUAUCUUCUCUGUGUUAAUGUAGGACAUAUUGUGUACCGACGACGUUUAUACGUACUUAUGUCGCAGCGGCCUGAAGUUAGCCACCUAUUUAAUUUACCUAGAUUAAAGCUCUAUGUGAAAAAGAUAACCUCUUGAUACAUGGAUCAGUCCAUUUUUGACAUUGACAUUUUUUUAAAUACGUACCGCAGCUAACUUCGGCCAGGUUAUCGCGACAAGUGUACCAACUUCACGUCGUUCACCUAACGCUUGUAACACUGCUUGUAUGAUAUGCACAGUUUCUUGUUGAUAUUUCGAACACGUAUUUUCGGCUCAGGUGUUGAAGAAGAGCGUGAAAGGGACUCAAGAAAGGAUCGUAUGAAAGUUUGUUAAGCGCCUGAGCGACUUAUUACUAUCUGUACUUUAGUCGUUUCUUUACAAUAAAUAUAUUAUACAACA